AUGGCGGUUGCGCCAGCUCAGCCAGGAACGGGCGCAAGCCCUCUCGGUGCACCAGACCCCACAAAACUCCAGAGGGUGAGGGAAGUCUUUGCGCAGCCGGUGCUUGCUUCCUUCGUAGCUGGAGGUGUUGCCGGCGCCGUUUCCCGAACGGUUGUCUCGCCUCUCGAACGUCUCAAGAUCCUCUUCCAAGUCCAAAGCGUUGGUCGCGAAGAAUACAAGAUGUCAGUACCGAAGGCACUGGCGAAGAUGUGGAGGGAGGAGGGCUGGAGAGGAUUCAUGGCUGGCAAUGGAACCAACUGCAUACGAAUCGUGCCCUACUCUGCGGUGCAGUUUAGUGCGUACAAUGUCUACAAAAGGUUCUUCGAAAGCGAACCAGGCGCUCCCCUAGGCGCAUACCAACGGCUACUCUGUGGUGGUCUCGCUGGUGUUACCUCGGUAUCCUUCACAUAUCCACUCGACAUCGUUCGCACACGAUUAUCGAUCCAAUCCGCAUCCUUCUCGAGCCUCCAAAGAGAAGAGGGCAAGAAGCUGCCCGGUAUGUGGACGCUUUUGACCAACAUGUACAAGACUGAAGGAGGUCUCCCUGCACUGUACCGCGGUAUCAUCCCGACCGUGGCAGGCGUUGCGCCAUACGUAGGUCUGAAUUUCAUGGUCUACGAGAUCGCACGUACCCAAUUCACUCACGAGGGCGAUAAAGACCCUGGCGCGCUCGGCAAGCUGGGAGCAGGUGCUGUCUCUGGCGCCGUAGCACAAACCAUCACAUAUCCCUUCGACGUCCUGAGACGAAGAUUCCAGAUCAACACCAUGAGCGGCAUGGGAUACAAGUACGCAGGCAUCGGCGAUGCGAUAAAGCAGAUCGUCAUGACAGAAGGUAUCAAAGGGCUGUACAAGGGCAUCGUGCCAAAUCUGCUCAAGGUGGCACCCAGCAUGGCGAGUAGCUGGCUCAGCUUCGAGAUGACAAGAGACAUGCUCAUGGGCAGCUGGAAUUCUGGGUUCUUAUAG